UUCAGUGAACGAAUCAUAUGGGAGGGCAGGAGAAGGAACUUUUUGAUGCCAUCGAAGCAGGUGACAUCGAGAAGGCAACAAAGCUUAUCAACUCCGGCAUCGAUAUUAAUUGCCACGAUGCAACUGGGAUGUCACCGUUGUCUACAGCUGCUUACAAAGGCAAUUUUGACAUCGCUAAGCUCUGCUUGGAGAAGGGAGCGGAAGUCAAUGAUAAACAGCACAGCCAGAGUUAUACACCACUAAUGUUUGCCGCACUUGCAGGAAAGCCUGACCUUUGCAAGCUUUUGCUGGAUCAUGGCGCACACUCAUAUUCUACAAAUUCUAUAGGCAAGACAGCAAGCGAGUUGGCUGCGUUUGUUGGACAGCACGAGUGUGUUUCCAUUAUAAAUAAUCACGUAACGCUGGAUGAAGUGGAGCGGAUUCUGUGCCCGAAAGUUGGAUCAGAGAUUACCGAAGUUUAUCCUGAACAUCUUAUCGUCUUCAUACAUAAGCUAUGCAGCUGGCAUCAGAUCCAUCCAGUGGCAAUAGCUUUAGAACUGAGCAGUUACCCGGAUGCUCUGAAGUACCAAAAGAAGAUAUUAUAUGUCGUUGACCGCAUUUUCGAGAAACAACUUAGGUGCAAGGAAGGAAAUGAGGUCAUGUCUCUCAAACUAUGGAUAAUACUUUUCGUUCUACGUGACAUCUAUAAAUACAUAGCAGAUCUUGUAGCGAAUGGUAGAAACGCCCAUGACGCUUGUGUUAUUUAUGCGAAGCAUUUGCUGACAUGGGAACCUGGAGAGCAAGUGAGAAAGAACCUCGACCUCCUCCUUCGGAAUGCCAUGAAAGCUUUUCCCUAUCACCAUUCGCUAUUAUAUGAGACUCUGAUCAAGGCCAUGUCCAAUACACCGUUCGGACAAAGACCAACAGCUUUUGAGUAUAUCGUACAGGGACUCUUCGGCCAACGCCUUUUGAUGGCUAGCAAAUUUUGUGCGACUUGUGGAUCGUGUGCUGCAAAGAAACGAUGCCCCAAGUGCAAGCUGUGCUAUUGUUCUGUCGACUGCCAGAAACUCGAUUGGCCUAUUCAUAAAUUGUGUUGCAAUUCAAUACGGGAAUGGAAUACUGUCACCGAUGUUAGGGACACGAUAUCAUUAGAAGACGUUCAAGCCGCGAUCUCCGAGAUAGACCACUAGAUAGAUGCUUCGGCCGCAUUUUCGAUUUUCUACAUAAUCCGAUAAUCCGCUAGUGUUCUUUUUUUUUCUUACAUUUUAUACAUCGUUCUCUUUUGUUUUUCUCUCAGAAAGUAGUAUUUUAUGCCAUUUGAAGCAUAAUGCAAUAAGUUCAACUUAUUGUUCUAGUCUCUCAUGUUGUGAUUGAUUUGAUAGUCACAUAUCGAAGAGUUUUUUAUUUGCUCAAAAAUUGUCUUCCAUACUUCCUUCUCAGCUUGUGAUGUGGCUUUAUAGCAAAACUAAAACUUGUUUGAGUUGACAUUGUAAAUAACUUGCUUGCCAUUCUGUAAACUAAUAAAUUCUGAUAAUAA